CCCAAAACAAGUUGCGAUUUAGUGGAUUUGGCACGCGAGUGAUUCAAUUUCCGUGUUAAAAUCAAGAAAGUUAAAGAUAUUUCGAUUAAAUUGUAGUAUUUUAAUUAAUUUGAGAGUGAUUUGGGAGGUUUCGGUUAAAUAAGAUCAAUCAGUAAACAAACGGAGAUAAGCCCAGAGCAAAUAAUUCUAGUUGCUAACUUGCUCAAACAGUUCGUGGUGCUCUUCGUCCGCGAUAAUGCCCAAGUGAUAAUGAGUCCUGAAAAUAGCUCGACAAUCAGUACCACAAUCUGCUGCUGCCGCUGCUUCUGCUGAAUUUGGCCACCAUUGCGUUUCUUGUUCAGUUUCAACAGUGAAGCAAGAUGAAGCGGCUGUUGAAGAUUAUUACGCACACGCGUAGCUUUAAGGCUGAAGACCUGCUGCUGAAUCCGAAGGAGCAUCCGGAUCUGAAGCUGAAGGAUAUCGUUGAGAUUUACCAUCCGGAUGAUGGUGAUGGGGUCCGUUUGCUGCUGCAGGUAACGUAUCUUACGGAGGAACUCAACUGUCGGGACACGAUCAGCGUUGAGGCCAGCGUGGCUGCGGCGUUCAAUUUGAAGCCGUACAAGGAUGUGUUUGUGCGCAAGAUGGAUCCGGCCGAGGUGGCGCUGGACUCGGUGGAGAUUACGUUUAAGGAUCAGUACAUGGGUCGGUCGGAGAUGUGGCGGUUGAAGACGUGCUUGACGAACACCUGCGUGUACUUGAACAAGAAGAUCGAGUACUGCGAGGGGUGCAUACGGUGCCAGGUGUACGAGAUGUGGUCGCAGGGUGAUCGGGUUGCGUGUGGGGUUAUUACGGAGGAUACGAAGGUGGUGUUUCGGAGCAACACUUCGAUGGUUUACCUGUUUAUUCAGAUGUCGUCGGAGAUGUGGGACUUUGACAUUCACGGGGAUUUGUACUUUGAGAAGGCGGUGAAUGGGUUUCUGGCGGAUUUGUACACCAAGUGGAAAAAGCUGGGCAGUAAUCACGAGGUAACGAUCGUUAUGUUUUCGAGGACGUUUUACGCGGCCAAGAGUUUGGAGGAGUUUCCGUUGCACAUGCGUGACUGCCUCCAGUUGGACUACAAGGGACGGUUUUAUGAGGACUUUUACCGGGUGGCGAUUCAGAACGAACGUUGCGACGAUUGGAGUUCAACGCUGGUCCAGUUGAGACGUUUGUUUACCGGGUAUCGAGAUGUCGUGCUGAAGUACCACGAUCGGCCGGAAUUGGACGUUAAGAUUCCGAUGGCUUUCAAUUCUACGGCAGCUCAGGGGAAUUUUUUGGAAGUGUUGAACAUUUCAUUAAACGUGUUUGAGAAGCACUUUUUAGAUCGAAGUUUUGAUCGGACGGGUCAGCUGUCGGUGGUGAUCACGCCCGGGGUGGGUGUGUUUGAAGUGGAUCGUGAACUUACGAACAUCACCAAACAACGAAUAAUUGAUAACGGAGUUGGGAGUGAUUUGGUGUGCGUGGGCGAGCAACCUCUGCAUGCGGUUCCACUGCUGAAAUUCCACAACAAAGAUUCGCUAACAUCGAUCGACGACUAUUCGAUGCCGCACUGGAUCAAUCUCAGCUUUUACUCCACCAACAAGAAGGUGGCGUACUCCUCGUUCAUCCCCCGGAUAAAACCACCCCCGGUUGCGUCGGAAGGUGCAAUGCACGAAUCGCCGGACUCGUUCAAGCUAAAACUGCCCAAGAAGGACAGCAAAAACGAGUACAUCCACAACUGUCUGUUCGAUUACGACGCGUACGACGAUCAGAUCUUCCAGAUGCCAUCGGCGCACGGAACCUGCUCGCUGCAGCGUGUUGCCCGCACCAAGAAAACUUCCGUGCCCAGUCUGGACGGCUUUGGGACGUACGGAAACCACCGCGAUUGGGACAGCCUAUCGUCGCCGACGGAUUUGCGCCGCAAGAUGAGCGAUCCGGACAUUCAUCACAAUCUGAACAACAGUAUGAAUCUGAGCAUCGUGUCGCACAGCAGCUCGCCGAACACGGCGACGACGGAUAAGGUACGGAAUGAGGGCGAUACCGGCAGUCGGUCGUUUGGCGCGUCCAGCGUUCCCAUGGUGCGAACUGGAAGGGCGCUGAUCAACCCGUUUGAUCCGUCGCACGUUACGAUCAAGCUGACUUCGAAUCGACGUCGGUGGACGCACAUUUUUCCAAAGGGACCACAAGGAGUUCUCAUCCAGCAGCACCACUACCAGGCGGUCCCGAUGCCAACGAAGCCGAAUAAUUUCGCCGCGUUCGAUCUGGACUCGAGCAGUGAGUAUGCGCACACGUCCUCGUGUACGUGGGGUGGCGGCGGCGGACGGGGCCGGAACGGCAGCAAUGCGUCCUUCGACAGUGGUCUCAACGAUAGUGAUUUGCGCGUUAUUGCCGAAAAUAAAGGUAUUCGCAAAAAAUCCAGCGUGCUACACUCCGCUGCGGGCCCAUUGGUCACGGUAACUCCGUCCAAAAGUCUUACCCUGCUGUGGGGAGUUACCGGCGAGCAAGAGUGGACUCCGUCACUGACCACAGCCGGACGAGUGAUUAUAGGGGUGGACUGGAAAUCGUUGACCAUUCCGGCGUGCCUUCCGAUCACGACCGACUACUUCCCGGACAAGCGGUCCCUGCACAACGAUUACGUUGUCUCGGACUACACGCUGCUGCCGGACGACGUGAACGCCGAAUUUGCCCAGAACCGGGCCAUCUACAAGAAGCCACUCUCGACGGACGAGGUGUUCCGGGAGUUGGUGUCGCAACGGCUCGCACAGGGAUUCCAAUUGAUUGUGCUGCCGGACAAGUCCAUCAUGAAUCCGCAGCAGGCACCGUGCUGCGGAGGACAACUGCAGUCUUCGUACCAGUCUAGCGUUCUGCGGAUACGACCGCCACAGGAACCUUCGCAGGAGUAUCUGCUUUCGAUUGGCCGGAUAUUUCACAAGAUUUCGCUGAGCGGUUCCGUAAUCACCGUUACGCGUUACCGGCCAAGACAUCCUUACCCGCCGAUAAACGUGGACUAUCGCUACCGAUUCCAUGCUCCACAGCAUGACACGUACGAAGUUUCGGGCGUUAAUUUUACCACGGAAAAGCUGGAGAAUUUCAACUGGAACUACAUGGACCAGUACAUUUGUACUCGCGGUGAUACCGAUUUUCAGCUGCAUGAGAACAUGAAAUACUGGCGCUACCGGAUGUAUCUGCUCCCGCGGGAUGAUCCCGCGAUGAAGAAAAUCCUGGACGGCUCCGCCAAGCGGUGUGACAUUUACACCGAGGACAAACCAAUCCAGUCGGACCAGCACCUGUGCAACGAGUUUGUUCGGUUUGUCGAAAUCAAUCUGAACAAGAUUAAAAAAGUUGCCUCGAAAAAACCGCGGGGAUGUCCACUGCAAACCCACCUGACCAGAAGACGACACAGCACCAGCAUCAUAUCCAGGCCACCACCUAACCAGUCCGGUGUUUGCACUAAAAUGUAUUAUAUUGGUAACGGCAACGGUCAUCAUAGCACUAAUUGUGUGUAUCAAGAACGCAAUCAUGUCGGUAACGGCCACAGCAUCCUGACCCGGUCCAAUUCGAAGGUGCUGGACAAGGCCAACAUUCACGCUGCGGCGGCGGCAUCGGCCGUAGCUGCGGCCAACCAGCUCAGCUCUCCAGCGGGUCGAACAACCGUCGACGGGGUCGCCCUUUCGACGCUGAAUUCCGCAGCGGAGCAGGGUUUGCCGGAGGACAGCGAUGACUUUACCACGGAGACGAGCAAGCUGAAGCAGACGGCGACGUUGACGGAAAUUUUCGAAGCGUUCAAGAAUCCCGUACAUGGGGUAGGUUUUGUGGGGCCAGCCCAGAGCAUGCCGUCGUGUACGUUCGUCGCGUACGAUGCCAUCAACUGGCUGCAGAGCCACAUCGACGGGCCGUGCCAUCCGUUGGACAUUCUCGAGGAUAUGAGGAGAGCGCGCAUGAUUUGCCAUGCCUCGGGAGAAUACUCCAAGCCGGUCGUUCCGGGCUUCUAUCUGUACUACAUCAUGAUGCAGGACAAGGAAUCUCGCGACUACACGCCUCCGCUGGGUGAUUUGGAAGCGUUCGAGAAUGAGUGGAUGGAGGUGGAGGUGCAGCAUCCGGAUUUGGUGAAACCCGUUGAUCCGAUCGACGUUGGUGUGCCCGUGUUCCUGCGAGAAACGAUCGAUCUAGGCGAGGACUUUUUCGACGGAUCGUUGUACAAGCAGACCCACCUCGAGAUUGACAUCAACAACAGAUCCGAUCGAACGGAAUGGGGUCACGCUCGGUACCACCAGAAAAUGAUCCCGAGUCACGCGUACGAAAUCGUUGUCCAGUGGAUCACCGCUUCCGGGCCGAUUGUUUGCGACUUGAUUAACGGUUGGUCCCGGCGAGCGCAGGGUUGUGGCUUCCAACUAGUCUCAAUCCCGGCAGAUCCACUCGCAGAACCAUUCACCGACAAGAGCGACCCGCUGCGUGGACCAAUUUUCGUCCCACUAGACUACGAUUGCCUCAAGCAACAUCGCAGCUUUCUGUUUGAAGAGUUCAAAAAGGAAACCUGGCCAAAACGUCUGCUCCUCUUCCAAGAGGCCAUCGUGGCCCGGUUCGGCUUCAUGCGGUGUGCCGUCGAAACCAAAACCGGCUCCAACCAAGUCUCGCUGGACUACCAGUACGUGCACUGCACCGGCAACAUGUUCAUCCUCGUCCCGAACCCCAACCACGAGCUUAAAUCGCGCCAAAGACUCGCCUCCGGCGGAAGCACCAUGAAGAAGCCCACAAACUUCAUCAACCGCUACUCGUCCUCGUACGAGUCCCAGAUCCAAAACAACAUCUCCUCGGCGGCCCACGAGGCGUACAUUACGCGUCACGUGACCGGCAGCAAAAACAAGGACGAAUGCGAUUUCAUCCGCCGGACGGGCUUCCUCUGGUCCUGGAACCACAUGAUUCCGAACAAAAAGUGGAAAUCGCUGGCGAUUGCCCAAACGGAGGAACUGUUCCAGCUGCGGAUGUUGCGAGAUUUCAAAGACUUCUGCGCCAACAAGGACCAACGGUUGGCCAACUUUUGGGAGGAGUGCUGGGAGGCGAAGGAAAAGUCGUCGAUGGCGCGAACCUAAGGCAGAGGGAGUGUGUGAUAUUGCUGUUGAUUCAGAGGCAUUCGGAAGGAUUUUUUUUCUGUCGAAUUUUAUUCACCUAAAACGAGGAAGAUUGUGUGUCUGUACAAAUUACCGUUUAAAAAGUGCCGUUAGUAGUACCGUGUCGUUUUGUAAAGUUCUCUUUGUUAUUCUUUUAUAUUUGCGAAAUAUUAAACUAGUUAUUGCUAUUAAAAA